UUUGAAACAACACAGGCGAUAUGGUUGGACUGCGGCUGCGCCAUUCUUUGCGGCAUUGGUGUCGGCAAUGCCGCGAUGACAGCCCCCACCUCCUGGCGGUUUUGCUGGCCCUCCUGGCCGUGCUGUGUGUUUCCAACGCCCCGACCACGUACGCUGCUGCACCGAGCGUGCAAUGUACGCUGUCGCAACUGGUGGCCGGCGUGAACUGCACAGAGCGCUUCGAUUUCGGGAGAGUCACCCUCGUCAUCACCAACGAUAUUCCCCUCGACGAGCCUUGUCCGGCACUGCCAGAGGAGGAGGAAGAAGGAGGCAACACGCCCACCCCUCAAACAAGAGCCAGGCGCAUCCUGUCCAACCGUGUCGCUGGCUUGGACAUUGACGGAACGGCUGCCAUCGGGGCGGAUGCCGACACAAUCGCGUGUGCUCUGAGCGCAACCACCACUUGGAAGCAGCUGAGCAGGUUCGAGCUUGCCGGAUACCAGUCGAGCGUGCUGGACUUGACGGUGCUGCUGCCAGCGGCGUCCAACCUGAAGUAUCUCCUGCUCACAGACAACAGUCUGACACAGGUGGUGAACUCCAACGAUGUGGUGUUUCCCUCGCUCGAGCAGCUGAACCUGGCCGGCAACGCCCUCUCCACGGUGCCGCGCGUGUUCCACUCCAUGCCCAAGCUCACCCUCGUCAGCUUUUACAAGAACAGGCUGCGCGCUCUCGACGAUGCGUACGGCAACCCACUCAGCCUGGCCCCCACGCUAAACGUCCUCAACCUCCACACCAACUUUCUCGGUGCGCUGCCUGCGCACGCCUUCCUCAACCUCACCGCCCUUAACGAGCUGUACCUCGACAACAACAAGCUCACCACCAUCCACGAUGACGCCUUUGUCGGGCUCACCCGCCUGACCACGCUCUCCCUGGACAACAACCCACUCACCACCCUGCCGCAACGCGUCAUCCACAACAUCACCACCCUGACCACCCUGUCCAUCGAAGCUUUGCAGCUGCGCACGCUGCCCGCACGCGCAUUUGCCAGAGCAAACGCCCUCACCUCCCUCGACUUGACUGCCAACCUCAUCAGCAACCUCACCAGCGACACGUUUGUCGGCCUGAGUGCGCUGGAGUACCUGGACCUGAGCGCCAACGCCAUCACGGCGCUUGCCCCCGGCUACUUCUCUCCGCUCACCAGCCUCAACAACAUCUCCCUCGCCAACAACCUCAUCACCACCCUCCCCACAGACACAUUUGCGGGCCUGACAAAGCUGCUGCGCGUGAACCUCGACAGGAACCGCAUCACGCAGCUGCCCGACACGCUUCUCCACGCCGCAGCCAACCUGUCCAUCCUCGGCCUGGCAGAGAACGGCAUUGGCGCGCUUCCCUCGGACCUGCUCACGUCACACACCAUGCUGACUGGGGUGCGGCUCCAGGCCAACCGCAUACCUGAGGUGGACGUGACGGGCCUCACGCGGCUGCUGAACCUUGUGCUGCAUCAGAACCCGCUGCGCACGCUCACGGGCGUGUCCACGCUGCUGGCCCUUCGGACCCUCAACAUCAACGACCACCAGCUUGACGAGAUUGACCUGCACGACGUGUUCCACCUGUCGAACCUCAUCACGCUGCAGGUCGCAGCAGACCGGGGCAGGAGCGCAACGCAUGCUGCUGUUGACCGCCAGCUGUACGCCAACAGCGCAUGGCUCCGGGAGGUGCAGGCGAACAUGUCUGGCAUCAGCACGCUCGACCUGCGCAACCUGGCUAUCUACGACGCGGACCUGGCGCUCUUCAACGAGACGACGCUCAGCUCGUUUGGCAUUGGCUGGUCCGAGAUGCGCAACGAGUCGUUUCUGCAGGCCAUCACCCCCUCCUUCAACGACGUUGUGCAGGAGCUGUUUGUGACCCACACGCAGAUUCCGGAGAUUCGCCUGCCAGACACCAUUGAGUUUGGUGGCAUCCACGUGCGCAACAACCCCGUGCUGACAUCGCUCGUCAUCCCCUCGGACGCAACAUAUGUCAACGUGUCCAACUGCCCGCAGCUGCAGAACUUCACUGCAAGGACCGUGCACACACUCGACAUCAGCGGCACGCGCAUUCGCAUCAGCCCCGCCCUCUGUGUGACGCUGGGCGAGUCGAGCCUGUUUGCCCGCAACAUGCUCAGCUUCGAACACGACGCGGCGACGACGACGGCGCUGCAGGAGAUGAUGCACCGCUGCCUGCACCGGGUGCAGGUGCUGGACAUGAGCGACAACGGGUGGCUCAACCGGCUGGACACGGUGCGCGCGGGGACGGGAGACACCAUCGCGCUCACCAGCUCCGCCGUGGAGACGGCGAGUGGAACCAACUUGCAGUUCCGCCCCACCAUCCCCAUCAUCACCAUCCAGCGCUCCCCAAUCACGUGCACACUCCAGCUGGCGAGCAUUCGGACUGGCUCGAGCAGCCUCUCCACCGUUGUCGGCUUCUCGUACGUGUGCUCGUGUUCGCGUGGGUUUCACCAGGCCGGUGACCGCUGCAAGCCCACGCGUCCGCCAACACUCGAGAUUACCCUCGGCACCGUCUUUGCCGUCGUCCCACUCUGCUUCUACCUGACGCGGCUGCUGUUCCGGCGGCGCGUGCGUUUCCUGCACGAGCAGAAGGAGCUCAAGGAGCGGCUGCUGCAGGCCGAGCAGGCCGACGUGCUGGCCCUGGAGGAGGCAAGGAAGAUUGGCUAUGGCGAGAUGCACCCGCUUCGCCGCAUCGCACACGGCGCGUCUGGGGAGGUGUGGGAGGCCGAGUGGGACGGCAUCACGGUGGCGCUGAAGGUGCUGCGGCAGAACGUGGGCUUCUUUGACGCGGCGCAGCGGCAGGAGUUUGACACGGAGGUGAAGUUUCUGCAGCGCACGCGACAUCCAAAUGUCGUGCGCUUCUUUGGUGCGGGCACCACCCCCACGGGGUUGCCGUUCCUUGUGCUGGAGUUUGUACCGUUUGGCUCCAUGCGAGACCUCCUGCGGAGCGACUUGGCAGACGUGUUGCGCAAGCACCUUCGCCUGGCCUUUGAUGUUGCCAGCGGCAUGGCCUUUAUCCACUCCCUCGACCAGCUGCACAGGGACCUCAAGAGCGGUAACGUGCUUGUGUCGAACCGGCUGCGCGCGAAAAUCUCCGACUUUGGGACGAUUCGCCAGCGCCUGGGGGCCGAGCCACAGCCACACGCCGCCGCAGCAGAUGUGCCGUACUCGCAGGAGGUUGGCGGGCAGACGCUGCAGCUUGCACUGACGGCGGGUGUGGGCACACCGCUGUACAUGGCGCCAGAGGCCCUGCCGGGGAGCGAGUAUGACCAGAAGGCAGACGUGUUCAGCUUUGGCGUGCUACUAUGGGAGAUUGCGACGCAGCGCACCCCUGAUCUGAUUGAGCAAGAGUUACCCGGGUACCAGGGCCCGAUGCUGGCCACGCUCGCACAGCUGCUCGGAGACGGCAAGCGGCUGCAGUUUCCAACCAAGUUCGAGGUUGGGUUUCCGUCGUGGUUCCAGGGCUUGGCUGAGCAGUGCAUGCACCAACAGCCACACGAGCGCCCACCGUUUACUGAGAUUUGCCAUCGACUGACAUCCACGUCCAAGGUGCAAGACCUUCACGACUCCAUGUUGUGA